CUUUGCCCAACUGACUCAUCGAACGUGUGCGAUGCGGAAAGCCCACACUGACAUAUAUAAGCCGGUUAGGUGCCAACCCAAUCACUAGCACCUCCCCUCUCACUACCAUGUACCACACUGAUAUCGCGAAAUUCCUUGAGCCUCACAGCGCUGAGGCCCGCGCUCAUACAAUCACCUCUGAAAGCCCUGUCGACUGGGACCGCGUCGAUGAGGGCAUGGUCGCGCUCUCAGCUUCUUACCUUAGCUUCAAGCGCUACUUGUCCCGCGAGCAGCUCAUGAUACCGCCUCGUACAAGGCGAGAUCUCGAGAGCGUUCUGCGGCGUUACAGCACAGAUGCCAUCCACAACGCCAUUUCUCAGAGCCGUGGUACAUUGCAAGCCGGCGGGUAUUCGAGGGUCUGUCACUUGGCCACGGAUUCGAUCGUCGCUGUGCUGGAUCGCGGAGAUAAUGUCCAACACUUCCUCAGCCUCUAUGCCUCUCCAUAUGACAGCUAGGCUUCUGCUUCAAGAAGCUGAACAUUGAUGGAGCCACUCUCGAUGUCUUUUCGGCUUCCUUUUGUCUGGAUUCUGCUUGCCUUUGCAUCCGUGUUUUCUGUAUUCCUGUCAAUGUAGCACUACCAUCCCAUAGAAUCAAUGUCCAAAUGUGUCCUCCAUCUGUU